UAUCGAUUGCCAAAAAAUAAGUAAUAAUCGAUACAAAUUUUCAAGUUAAUCGAUUUUCGCCCACCCCUAUUUCCCUUACCCAGUCUGUGUUUGACAAGACCGUUUCUUUUUUUUUCUGUGUUGAUUGCAGCAAGACCAACAUAAUGAAGCUCAACGUUUCCUAUCCCGCUACGGGAUGCCAAAAGCUGUUCGAGGUUGUCGAUGAGCACAAACUGCGUGUGUUCUACGAGAAGCGUAUGGGCCAAAUUGUGGAAGCCGAUAUUCUCGGUGAUGAGUGGAAGGGCUACCAACUGCGCAUCUCUGGCGGCAACGACAAGCAGGGUUUCCCCAUGAAGCAGGGCGUGCUCACCCACGGUCGUGUGCGUUUGCUGUUGAAGAAGGGACACUCUUGCUACCGUCCACGUCGUACUGGCGAGCGCAAGCGUAAGUCGGUGCGUGGCUGCAUUGUGGAUGCCAACAUGUCGGUGCUCGCUUUGGUCGUCAUCAAGAAGGGCGAACAAGAUAUUGCCGGUCUUACCGACACCACAAUUCCCCGUCGCUUGGGUCCCAAGCGUGCCAGCAAGAUCCGCAAGCUGUACAACCUGACCAAGGAGGAUGAUGUGCGUCGCUUUGUCGUGCGUCGCCCAUUGGCCGCCAAGGACAACAAGAAGGCCACCUCGAAGGCGCCCAAAAUCCAGCGUCUCAUCACACCCGUGGUGCUGCAGCGCAAACACAGACGCAUUGCACUGAAGAAGAAGCGCCAGCAGGCUUCCAAGGAGGCUGCCGCCGACUACGCCAAGCUGUUGGUGCAGCGCAAGAAGGAGUCCAAGGCUAAGCGUGAGGAGGCCAAGCGUCGUCGCUCUGCCUCGAUCCGCGAAUCGAAGAGCUCCGUUUCAAGUGACAAGAAGUAAAGAGAGAAACCACAAA